AAACAUUUGAUUUGUGUGAUGUGUUGAAUUUUCAGUUGAUUAUAAGUUUCUUGUGUUUCUUUCGAUUAAUUGAUCUUAGACACGUAUAAAACUAGGGAUUACAAAAAUUAAACUAAGACCUGGGCGUAUAGAAACGAGGCGACGCUAUUAAAAUGGACACCCGAGCUGCAAAACUAGCACUAGCUCGAAAAAAGCUUAAAGACCAUCAAGAGAAAAAGCAAGUGACAGUUCCAAAAGAAGAACUUUCUGAGAAAAGUGAAGAAAAAAUUUAUAAAUACUGUGAGAGUACACCAAUUGAAAAUGAAAAAAAAAGUAAAGAUAAUCAUAUUAAACAUGAAAAUAUAGAAAUAAGCACAAGUGAAACAGAUUCCAUCGAUCUAAAUGUAACAGAGUUACUUAUUUCUAACAAAAGAAAUCUGGAAGUGCAAAUAGCCGAAUUACAAUUAAAGUUAGCUAGUUUAGAGUCAAAUCUAAGACAAGAAAUAAACUAUCAUAAUGAUUCCAAACAGAAAAUAUGUUAUUUAGAAACUGAACUACAAAAUCUGAAUAAUAAGUAUUUAUAUACAAUGGAUCAGCUGCAAUUACAGGCCAGUAAUAUCAAGGAGUUAAAUGAUAAAAAAUCUUCAUUACUAGAUGAAAAUAACAAUUUGUUAGAAAAGUUGGAAUUUACAAAAACUAUUUUAACUGCGAAGGAAACUGAAAACGCUUCUUUACAUAGUCAGCUGGAUCAGCUGCAUAGAGAACUGGAUGUAACAAAAUUACAACUGCAACAAUUACUCAAUGGAUCCAAUUUAUACAUUCCUGUUAGUAAUGACCCCGAAUCUAAACGAAAUGAUGAACUGUUACAGAAAGUAGAGUAUCUUGAACAGCAGUUGAAGGUAGUCCAAAAGGAAAGAGAUCAAAUUAAUGUACACUAUGAACAAUAUGCCACAGAACUUAAUGAACAACUUAAAUUGGUAACAUCAAAGAAUGAAGAUCUUUCAAAUCAAGUCUAUCACUUGUCAAAUAGAGAAAAUAGUUUAGUUGAUCAGAUAAGUGAAAUGGAGAUACGGAUACAAAAUCUUCAAAUAAAAAGUUUAGAAUAUAAGGAACAACCACAAAUAUUAGAAAAAAAUGAAAAUGUUGAGAAAAAUAUUGAUUUCAAUGCUGUACAAAAUGAAUACAAUGUUGUUCAGAAACAAUUAGAAGCAAUGACAACGAAAUAUGAGCAGUUGCAAAAGGCAUAUGCAGAAAAUGAACGUAAAAUAAUAGAAUUGCAAGAAGCAAAUAAAGUUAGCUGCAGUCACGAGAAUAUUAGUAUUACGAAAUUAACUGCUGAUAUUGCUAGUGAUAAAAUAGCUGCACAAAAGGCUACUGAGCAAAACAAAAAAUUGAAAACGAGCAUGCAAGAGUUGGAAGAAGACUUUGUGAAAAUGAGUCAAGAUAAAUUGCAAUUGACGGAAAAAAUAACAGCUGAAAAGUUCUUAAACAGAGAAUUAACAAUAAAGUUAGCUGAAUGUGAAGAUAAAUGUAAAGAUAUGCACAUUAAAUUAAUGGCAAAAGAUGAAGAAAUGAUAAGAUUACAAAAUAAUUAUCGUGAUUUAGAUAAAGAGUAUUCAGAGCUGUCUAAAACAAUCAGGAAGAACACUGAAAAGCAUGAUAAUAAUGAAUAUAAUCAAGAUACUCUGGUCAAAGAAGAUACAGAAAUUAAUGGAAAAGAAGACAAUGAGAAUUCAAUGGUGUCAGAAGAUGAAAACAAAGUUUUGCCUCAUAAGCACACUAAUGACUUGUCGUGUGACUUCCGUAGGUCCAGCAUCCCUAAAGAAGAUGCAAUGAUAAAACUUCAGGAGAGAUUCCUAAAAAUAAUGUCUGAAGUUGCAGAUUUAUCUGACGAAAAACAUAGAUUAGAACACAUUAUACUUCAGUUACAAAAUGAAACUGAUACUAUAUGUGAAUAUGUAGCUUUGUAUCAACAACAAAGAAGUUUAUUAAAGAAACGCGAUGAUGAAAGAAGUGCACAAGUAAAGCUUUUCCAGAUCGAAUGUGACCGACUCAAAAGACAGUUGGAGGAAUUGAGCGGAAUAUUAAUAAGAUUUGCUGAAGAUGAAGAACUGGCUGUAUAUUUUCAAGUAGAAUCGAAAAAAAAAGAAAUGGAUAAAGUUCGAAGUUUGCUCUUUAAUCUUAAAACUAACUCUCUAGUAGACCCGAAAAGAAGUGACUUAGAGCUAAGCAAUGUGUAUCCUUGCAAUUGUUGUUCAGGAAAUCUUAUUGAUAUUUGAAGUGGUUUGAGUAUUUGUACAUUUUUUUCAUUCUACAACAUAAUCUGUGUAAAUAGCAAAUUAUAAUCCAUUUAUAUAUUGUACACAAUAAAGUAAUAUUUAGCAAAAG